AUGGCGUGCGCGAUGGCGCGCGUCUGCUCCUCGAGGGCCGCGGCGUACUCGACGGCGAGCUCGUCCUCGCGCUCCUGGCACUGGUCGGGCCACACGCGGGCUGCCUCAGUGGCGUCCAUGGCCUCGCUGCGGGCCCUGGUUGCCCGUCUGGCGGCACCCCAAGCGCGCUGCACGGCCUCGUCGGGCAGCUCGGGCUUGGGCACGGCGGGGGCGGGCUGCAGCGCCGCGGCCAGUCCCUCAAGGGCCUUGGUGGCGGCCUCUGGGAGCUCCUCCUUGCGGCGCUGGAGGGUGUCCAGCAGCGUCUCCUCCCGCGCGAGUUUGACGACGGCCUUGCCCCCCUUGCCGCCGUCGCCACACCCCUUGGUUUCGCGCCACGGCGGGCGGCUGCACGAUCUGCUCCCGCGCCCGCUGGAGGCGCCAGGUCCCGCGGGCCCCUUGUCGGCGCACACGCCCUCGGCCGCCCUCGCGGGCGAGGCGGAUGGGGCCAGGCAGUGGCCGCCGUUGAAGCAGCUCGAGCGGGUCUUCUACGUCCAUCUGCACUGA